GGUGUUUAAGAGACGAAGAGGCAGGAAGUUUGUCUGAUUAUUGCCGGAGACAUUUUGCAUUAAGCAGGUCACUGAAUGAGUCCAGAUGUAAGUUUUCUCCACAAUGUGGAUACUUUUGUCUGCUGGAUCAUAGGAACAGUCCUGUAAAAUCUAAGAAGAAAGGCAUUACUGAACAUGGUGUGGUGGAGCUUGUGUAUCAGUCUGUACUGUCGUCGAUCGAGUGCACCUUUCCAGCUAUUUCUGUUCACAGUGGUCACAUUUGGUGUGGUCCUUCCUGUUGUCUGCCAUAGGCUGCUGUAUUCCUACUAUUACCUGAAGAAAUGGUACCUAAGCCCCAUGAGUCAUGACUUCCUGAAAAAGAACCUGAAGGAGGCAGAGGAUGCUGUUCAGUACUUUCAAAGAAUGCACCCAGAAAUACUGCAGAGUCCAAAGGCACAGGACGAACGUUUCCCAAAGCCAUGGUUAGUGGUCACUGUGGUAACAGUCCAGAGGAAGGCUGAGUAUCAUUACCUUAUGCAAGUGGUUGCCAAAUUCCACCAACUUCUCCAGAACUGCAGUCACUGUGGGAGUAAUCGCAUUUUACUCUGCAAUGUUGAGGAGGAGCCAGAACAUAAUGAAGAAGCCAGGGUCCUGAAAAAAUUUUUCCCCACCAUAGAGCGUUUUAAAGACCCCAAAGACUUGCUUGGCUUCAAAGUCAACAGCCAGUUUGAAAAAGAGAAACAGGACUACCAGUACUGCAUGAAGAAUGCUUUGAGCCGAUUUGAUCCGAAAUAUGUUCUUAUGGUAGAAGAUGAUGCCUUACCUGAAGAUGACAUCUUUGAUGUUCUCAAUCACCUCUUGACCCAGCGAAGGUCUAAGACAAAGUUAGAAAAUGCUUUAUAUAUAAAGUUGUACCAUCCUGAGAGACUCCAGCGAUAUAUUAAUCCAGAACCUAUGCGCAUCCUAGAAUGGAUUGGAGUGGGCAUGAGUGUAGGUCCCCUUUUGAUGUUUCUUUAUUUGAAAAUGUUUAGCAAGUCUGGGAAACCAUGGCAACUUUUCCUUUAUUUUAUGAUAUACAUUAUGCUCCUUGUGGAGCUAGUAGGGCGUCAUUACUUUCUUGAACUCCGAAGACUAUCCCCGCAGUUCUACAGUCUUGUUCCAGUAACUGAGUGUUGUACACCUGCUAUGCUGUUCUCAGCACAGUCAGCUCAACGUGUUCUUGGGUACCUAGAUACAGUACAGUGCCAGAGUGGAUUUGCAAAGGAUACAGCACUGUACUCAUUUUUGAGGGAAAGGCAUGAGUAUGCCUUUGUUGUUGAGCCAAAUCUUGUCCGACAUAUUGGACUGUUUUCUACUCUCAGAGGACUGACAAUAGAUCCUAAACUCCUGUAAGUUUAUCACUGAAUGUGUAUAUAUCCACAUAUGAAUGUGUGUCAUCUCAGAAUUGGCCAUUAAUUGAAGAUGAGCUUCUUAAUGUUCUCAUAGUCAACACUAGUCCUCACUCUCUGGUCACAGAACCACAGUGAAACCAGGUCAGUGAUCAUUCCAGAUCUAGUAACCAGUGGGCUUUAACAAAGUGAAUUACCAUGAUACCAGCUAUUGCACUGUAAUUCAAACAGUCCGUCAUACUUCUGCAGGCAGAAUGUGGACAUUUUGUUUUACCCGACCUCACUAAGAUUGCUCAGUUCUUUGAAUAUGUAAAAUAAUUUAGGUGAUUACACUUUGACACUGUAUGUUAUCUGUACUUCAUUUCAUUGUAGAGCUCAUUAUGUUUCACUUAAUAUAUCUCUGUAUUUUUCACUAAUUUCUGUGCAUUUCAGGAGUUAUAAUUGUGAGUCAAAAACUGUUGAUCUAAUCAGAUGUCAUUCAGAUAUUUUGAAAGUAUAAAUAUUUUCUCAAGUCACAAAUGUGGAAAUUUGAAAUGGUGCUUUUAAGGGACCCUCUGAAGUGGGUGGAAACCUGAGACCGUCAUUUAUGCUUCUUUCAUGUUUUUCAGUAGUCUGUGUCCAACACUGGGAAACAUGCAUUAUUGUUACAGUUUGAGCAGGAUGUAUUUAUGCAACAGUUAAGGGAACUUCUACCUCAUUGUCUCUACUUCUUUCUACUCACUCUGCAAUUUUGGAUCUCCUGACAUUCUUUGUUGGUUCUUUCAUUUUGUACUAUGAAAGCACACACUUCAUUGUGCAUGUACGUUGCAUACCACAAGUCAAGAAAACCACAGUAGCUGGCUUUUGUUUUUUGUUUGGAAACACCUGUAACAAAAUUGACAGAUUUUUCAGAUAGCAGCAUUUUUAUUCAUUACUUCAUCAGCUAGAAAGAGAAGCCUGAAGUCUUCAUCAAUCCCAACACCAGUUCCUACUGGUAUAAGUUUAGCAACUGACAGAGAGUUUAAAAAGUAGUGCUGUAAGGUACAUUAUUGAUCUGCCACUUAAUAAUUUUAUGCAGGUAUCAAAAGUGCCUUGUAGUAGUUUUAAUUUGGGUUUUCCCAUAGUUGCAUUCACUUGGGUUACCAUUAGCGGAGAGAAGUCUUGUGUUUACCUUUGGGGGUUAAUUAUGAAUGCUCUGUAGAACUAUGCCUUUCUCCUUUCGGGGAGUGUCCUGUAGUUGUAGGAUGUGGCAUUUUGGGUUACAUUACAAAGAGAAGUUCAAGCUCAUCCUCUUGUUAAGCUUUUUAUUGGUUAUGCUUGUGAUGUUGUUCUCAGUCCCUGUGACUAGUCUGCAUAACAUGGAACUGCAUUGGUCAGAUGACUACCUGCAACUGCAGAGCCAACAUUCUUUUUAGGAUCUCCUUGUUGUUUUGGAUCUAUGCUUCUGUCCUGCGAUAAGUGAGUCUUAUAUCGAGAAACUACAGAUGAGCUUUCCUUUUAUUCUUACCAACUUGAUGCAGUCUGUGACUUUGGAUACAACACUGGAGAGGUGUAGAAACUGAUGCAGUCUGUGACUUUGGAUACAACACUGGAGGGGUGUAGAAACUGAUGCAGUCUGUGACUUUGGAUACAACACUGGAGGGGUGUAGAAACUGAUGCAGUCUAUGACUUUGGAUACAACACUGGAGGGGUGUAGAAACUGAUGCAGUCUGUGACUUUGGAUACAACACUGGAGAGGUGUAGAAACUGAUGCAGUCUGUGACUUUGGAUACAACACUGGAGAGGUGUAGAAACUGAUGCAGUCUGUGACUUUGGAUACAACACUGGAGAGGUGUAGAAACUGAUGCAGUCUGUGAAUUUGGAUACAACACUGGAGAGGUGUAGAAACUGAUGCAGUCUGUGACUUUGGAUACAACACUGGAGAGGUGUAGAAACUGAUGCAGUCUGUGACUUUGGAUACAACAUUGGAGAGGUGUAGAAACCGAUGCAGUCUGUGACUUUGGAUACAACACUGGAGAGGUGUAGAAACCGAUGCAGUCUGUGACUUUGGAUACAACACUGGAGGGAUGUGGAAACCAGUUUAAGGGCUAGUUAGUCUAGAACUGCUGAAAUUCAUUAAACAAAUAUUUCCACUUUAAACCUCUUGUGUCAAGGGGAGGAUUCUUGACCUUUCAGGCAAUGGAAACAGACUUAAGUCCGAACCUGUACACUGAGAUGAGAAAUUCAGGUAAUGGUAUGGUACCUAAGCCAGAAAGAGGGGCUUGGCUGAUACUUUCCCUCAUGUAGGUGCUGUCUGCGUACAGCAGUGAGCUACCAGCUGGGGAUCCUACAGAUGGUCCGAGUCCUGGGAGACUCCUACAAUCUGGUGAAUAUUCUGUAUCUUAGCUUAAGCCCUCUUAUGAACCUUUGGUUAAAGAAGGAUGUUAUUUGGCUGUAGUCUGUGGGCUGAUAUGCUUUCUUUUCAAGAGAAUGCAGUGAUACUAAAGUUAUACACAUGUCAGCAGAGAAAGGAGGGAGUUAGAAAUAAUAUUUCUUGUUAGGAUGUGUUAGAAGAUUGUUGUGCAUGUUUCCCUAAUUCUUCUCUGUUGAAAUAGAGUUGAGCAUGGAAAGGACAAAGGGGAUUCUCUUUACUCUGAGGUGGUCCAAAAUAAAUUGAUUCCAGGCCUUUGGCUUUUGACUUAUUCAGAGAUUUUUUCUUACCAUUGGUAGUGUCAUCACAGGGGCAAAACAUUGACGGCCACCUCAUGAUGGUAUUGAAGGAUAAAUCCCAGACUAUGGCCCAAGUGACUCAAGUUCAGUUAGUGGCUUUGGUGAUUGAAAGAGCUGGCAGUGAGGAUGGGUAUGUCUGACUUAGGGGAGGGGGCACAGUGGGUCACAUGCUGUAGCAGUCAUUAGGAAGAAGGUGGUCCACAACCUGCAGGCAGGUGGUAUGUGUGUUGCACCAUGGCUCUGAUGGGGUGGUAGCCUGUAUUGAGUAUGUGUGUGGGAGCAUGCACUUGCAUAAGUGUAAGGUAUGGUGGCGCCCCUCAGGUGUUGCCUGUAUUGCAGGUGAUAUGUCCUUCUACACAGAGAUAGGGUUAGGAUAAUAUAGAAAAUGCGCUCAUAACUGGAAUGCCAUUGAACAUAUAGGCAACCAUCAUAGUUGCCUAAAUGACAGCACCACUUGGCAGCUCUUGCCUUAGUGGAAGGAUGAAUCUCCACUUCUAGGGAAUGAAUGGACUCAAAUCCUGUAAAAGGGAGUAUCAGUGUUUGACAAGUACAGAAGGAAAAAGUACCAAAAAAAAGAAGAAAAAGAAAAGGGGCACAACAUCUACAUCCCUCCAAAGGUGGGGUUACUGCUGUAAUAGCCACUCUUCUGCCAUUGACUCUCUCCACAGAGAGAGAGAGAACUCAGUAGACUUACUGUUAAAUUCCAUAGCUCAUUUUUAUACUGCAUUUAGGUUGUCUACUGUAUUAGCAUUCAAUAAUAACACCUUUUAGCUUCUUUGAGUACUGAACAUCAAGGCAACUGUCUCUUACUGUCAUGCUAGCUCUCUUUUGAAAUACUUGGCUUUCACAAAACAAUCCAUCUCUUCCAUCAGUGGAUUAUGAAAGCUUUAAUCAAAAAAGGCAUAGCAUCAAAUGUUUGUAAUAUGUUUUUUUUUCUGUUUGCAGGUUCAUAGGUAUAUACUAGGCUACUGACCAUCUGGGCCUUUUAUAAGCCUACCAGCAACCCAGUUGUGACCCCAUGUAUCGAGAUGACCAAAAAUUUCUAUGAAAACAAUUAUCUUUUUUUUUUUUU